UUAGUGUAGCCCCAUCAGUGCCAGCUGUCAGUGCUCAUCAAUGCCACCUGCCAGUGCCCAUCAGUGCCACAUCAAUGCCACAUAUCAGUGCCUACCAGUGCACAUCAAUGCCACAUAUCAGUGCCCAUCUGAGCUGCCUUUCAGUGCCACCUAUCAGUGCCAGUCAGUGCCACCUAUCAGUGCCAGUCAGUGCCACCUAUCACUGCUGCCAAUCAGUGCCACCUAUCAAUGCCAGUCAGUGCCACCUAUCACUGCUGCCAAUCAGUGCCACCUAUCAGUGCCAGUCAGUGCUGCACAUCAGUGCCACCUAUCAGUGCCUGUCAGUGCUCCCUAUCAGUGCCUCCUAACAGUGGCAGUUAUCAGUGCCACCUAUCAGUGCCAGUCAGGGCCGCCUAUC